GCAAACGAACGCCUUCCUGACACAAUCGCCGUCAAAAUAUCUGAAUGUGCAUGCGCGUAACCGUUGGUUGCGCGGGCCGCUGGCCGCUGCUUCAUUCGGCUUUCAGCGCUCGGUGUUGGCGUGUCGACAUAUCCAGUUCGUAGACUAUCUCUCUCAUACACGGAAGAGCAAUCGCAUUCGAUUCAGUGAGACAUGUCCGGACGCGGCAAAGGCGGCAAGACCAAGGGAAAGGCGAAGACUCGCAGCAGCAGGGCAGGGCUGCAGUUUCCCGUGGGGAGGAUCCAUCGUCUCCUCAGGAAAGGCAACUAUGCGGAACGUGUCGGCGCCGGUGCGCCGGUUUAUCUCGCUGCCGUGAUGGAGUAUUUGGCGGCUGAAGUGCUCGAGUUGGCUGGAAAUGCCGCCAGGGACAAUAAAAAGACUAGGAUAAUCCCACGUCACUUGCAGUUGGCUAUUCGUAAUGACGAGGAACUAAAUAAAUUAUUGUCUGGUGUGACCAUUGCUCAAGGUGGUGUUCUGCCUAAUAUUCAAGCAGUCCUGUUGCCGAAGAAAACUGGUACUGGUGGUUCUGGAAAAGGCGACAAAGCGUCACAGGAAUAUUAGAUUAUUAUACAUUUAUAACUCUUUAUCAUAUACUUUAGAAAUAUGUCUCUCUUUCUUGAAACAAGAGGAAAAAAAACAAUAUCCCUAUAAAUCUCAGCAGCAGAUUUUACAUUUGGAUCUAUGACAUUUUUUUCUUGCAUGCUUAAUUGACAAUCUGCAGGCAAAUAAUAAUAUAUAGAGAUUUUGGAGUAGAUAUUCUACUAUAUAUACUAUUUUCAUUCAUGUUUUUACAUCGCUGUCCUAUCUUGGGCACUGUUGAAAGUAUAAUUGCAGUCUUAAUAAAGCGCAUUUGAUUGAAGAUGUUCCGGUGCUGAAUAAUAAAUUUUCAAUUGUGUUAUGUUAAUUCAAGACUAUAUAUGAUGUAACUGUUAAUGAACAUUUUCUUACUUAUUAAGUACAAUGUUUUAUUUAAGUGAUGUGUAUUAUAUAUAUUUUCUUUUGCCAUAAUUUCUUUAUUACUUUUUUUUAAUUCAUUAUCUUUUUAUGUCUCCUGUUCGCUCUCAUUGUCUUAUAUUUAGAACCAUAAUUUUUAUCGUAUUACCAAUAAACAUUUAAACAUAUAUAAGGAAAGCGUUUGAAUAUUUUUGUUGAAUGUAAAACGAUAUUUAAUGUGAAAAUAAAUAACAUUGCGUUUCCACUUGA